CCCCCGGCAUGCUCUGCGGCGGCCUCGGAGCCACGUGACGAGCUUCUCCGCGUGUCACUGUCAGGUGACUCGGGGAAGAUGGCCGCGUUGACGGUGGAGAACUUCGCCGCGCUCCAGAGCCUGCUGAAGGCCUCCUCAAAAGAUGUUGUCAGACAGCUGUGCCACGAGAGCUUUUCCAGUUCAGCCGUUGGCUCAAAAAAACUCUUGGAUAUGACAUGUUCCAGCUUGUCUGUGACCCAGGAGGAAGCAGAGCAGCUGCUCCAGGCUCUGCACCGCCUCACCAGGCUGGCUGUGUUCCGUGACCUGUCCUCUGCCGAGGCGAUCCUGGCUCUCUUUCCUGAAAAUUUCCACCAAAACCUCAAAAACCUGCUGACGAAAAUCAUCCUGGAACACAUCUCCACUUGGCGAACUGAAGCCCAAGCAAAUCAGAUCUCUCUGCCGCGCCUAGUCGACCUGGACUGGAGAGUGGACAUCAAAACCUCCUCUGACAGCAUCAGCCGCAUGGCCGUCCCCACCUGCCUGCUCCAGAUGAAGAUCCAGGAAGAUCCUAGUCUGUGUGGAGACAAGCCCUCCGUCUCAGCUGUCACCGUGGAGCUGAGUAAGGAAACGCUGGACACUAUGCUGGACGGGCUGGGCCGCAUCCGAGACCAGCUUUCCGCCGUGGCCAACAAAUGACCCCAGCCAGCCGUCGCCCCCACUGCCGGGUCCCAGCUGCCGGCCAGCGGCGGAGCGCCUCCCGGCCGUCCCUGUAGCGGCAUCUGCGGCCGACGGCAGGCCGGCCGGUUGGGUCGGGGAGGGGGCUGCCAUCCAGGAAGGCACCGCUGGGUUGGGAGGAAGCGGCCGCGCCCCCACGCUGUUCUCAUUCAUUAUCUUUGCCUCUUUCCGAGGCAGAAGCCUCCGUCGCCGGAAGACCUAAUCGCCGCCAGAGCCGUGUGAGGGGGCAUCUGCCUCAGCAGCUGCGUGUGUGGCUGCUUGGAAAAUCCGGACCCACGUUGUGGAGCUCAUCUAACGAGUUCCUUCCCAGCGGCAGGUGUGACUCACGCGUUGGCAGCCCUGGAACACAGGGCGGUGACCCGCAGUUCCGCCCCUCCGUCAGGGAAGCUGGCCGGGUCCCCAGAGCAGGGCCGCCUCGGUAUGCUCCGCCCCGGCCUACGCUCAGAGCCCUCCUGAGCCCCCUCAACCCUGCCGGCCCUCCUUCCAGUGUAGGGAGUCUGAGAUGGCUGCUUGUCUCCUCCCUCGCACAGCCAGAGGGCCCUUCCUUGGUAUCGUGCCGCCAUUCCAGGCUACAGACGUGGGAAUGACUGGAAAUAAAUAACAGUUCUGAAAACUUCA